GCAACGGCCUUUCAUGCACAUUUGACAAUACGGCAUAAAUCGUUCUAGCAGAUUUGACAAUUUUGACAGCCUAAAACUGCUAGACUUUCUUUUUCAAUAUCCGGUUCACGCAAUUGGAUUGUAUUUUACUAAAGUUGAAACACAAUGGCUCCCAGAAAGGCUAAAGCUCAAAAGGAAGAAGUCCAAGUAUCUUUGGGCCCCCAAGUACGUGAUGGUGAAUUCGUUUUCGGCGUCGCUCACAUCUAUGCCAGUUUCAACGAUACCUUCGUUCAUGUAACUGACUUGUCUGGCCGUGAAACCAUUGCCCGUGUCACCGGUGGCAUGAAGGUAAAGGCUGAUCGUGAUGAAGCUUCUCCCUACGCCGCUAUGUUGGCCGCUCAAGAUGUCGCUGAAAAGUGCAAAACUUUGGGCAUCACUGCCUUGCACAUCAAAUUGCGUGCUACCGGUGGUAACAAGACCAAGACUCCUGGACCCGGUGCCCAAUCUGCUCUCCGUGCUUUGGCCCGUUCUUCCAUGAAGAUUGGCCGCAUUGAAGAUGUCACCCCCAUUCCCUCCGAUUCUACCCGCAGAAAGGGUGGUCGUCGUGGUCGCCGUUUGUAAACAUUUUUCUUUUUCAUUUAUGGAAAAAGUUUUGUGUGGAAUAUGGAUGUGGUGUUUUAUGUUGUUCUACUCUUAAGAACAAUCAACCCAACAAAGUUUUAUUAAUUUUUUUUAAUAAGUGAACGUGAAUAAAAUUAAAAUCCUAAAAACAAA